AUGGACGCUACAUCAGCAACAAUAGCUAAUAUAAAAUUGACUCAAAACGCUUUGCAAGUAUUGACUGCCACCUUACAUCUAACAUCCUAUCUGUAUCCGGAACAGGCUUUGGUUUAUGAUGGUGACGUAUUCGACUACAUAGUAGUGGGUGCAGGAUCUGCUGGUUGUGUGAUCGCGAACAGGCUCACAGAGGAUCCUACGUCGAGAGUCUUGCUGGUAGAAGCUGGCGGUGAUCCUCCUCUAGAAUCAAGCCUUCCUGGAUUACUGCCAUAUUUGAAACAUACACGAGACGACUGGAAUUAUACUUCAGUAUACGACGAAUAUUCACAACAAUGUCACACACCACCCGUUGAUGAAAUAACAAGAGGGAAAAUGCUGGGAGGUUGCAGUAGCAAUAAUAAUAUGUAUUAUGUUCGAGCGAAUCCCUACGAUUAUGACAACUGGGCAAAUAUAAUUAACGAUGAUACCUGGAAUUAUAAAAAUGUUCUUCCAUAUUUUAUCAAAAGUGAAAAACUUCAAGAUCCAAAUAUUUGGAAUACACCAACUGCAUGCUUUCAUGGAAAAGAUGGUUACUUAGGGGUCACGAGACAAUAUGCUAACGUAACAAAUAAAUAUCUUAAGGCUUUUAGUGAGCUUGGAUUUAAAAUUGUUUUCGAUUCAAAUGGAAAUUUUACUCUUGGCUUUACUGAGCCUAUGUUAACCGUAGCUAAUGGCACUCGGCAAAGCACGGCUACUGCGUUUCUCUCACCUAUUAAGAAUAGACGCAAUUUAUAUGUUUUGAAAAACACUCUGGUCACUAAAAUAAAUUUUGAUGAACACAACAAUGCUGUUAGUAUUGAUGCGAUCAAAGAAAAUAAUGAAAAUGUGACAAUAAUAGCGAAGAAAGAAAUCAUAGUAUCAGCUGGAACUAUAAAUUCUGCACAAUUACUUAUGUUGUCGGGUAUCGGUCCCAGAAAACAUUUAGAGGAUUUAAGUAUUAACGUUAUUUCAGAUUUACCUGUGGGAGAAAAUUUGCAAGACCAUAUAACUAGUAUCUCAGUUUAUGCAACAGAAAGAGUGAACAAUUCGCAAGCACCCAAAAAUCCUCACACUCCAUUGCCAACUGUUGUUGGCCAAGUUGCUUUGAAUAAAUCACAACUAAAUCCAGACUACCAAACGUUCAAUAUUAUCACAGAUGUAGAUGGUCUUUUACAAUUUUGCGCAUUUACUUGUUCCUUCAAAAACGAUAUUUGUAACAAUUUUCAUAAACUAGCAAAAGGUAGAGAGAUUAUGAUUUCGCAGACAAUACUGCUUCGUCCAAAAUCUCGUGGUCGUAUUUUGUUACGAAGCAUAAACCCUUAUGAAUAUCCACAAAUUUAUACGCGCCAUCUUUCCAAAGCUGUAGAUUUAAAUAAUCUUGCUGCAUAUAUUGAAGAUGUUUAUCGAGUGAUGUCUACGAAUUACUUCAAGGAGGUGAAUGCAACAUUUUUUAGUUUAAAAGAUUGUUUAUCGUAUAAACUAGGUAGCAAGGAUUAUUGGAAAUGUCACGCUCUGUGCUUGGCAACGUCAAUUUAUCAUUACGUAGGAACCUGCUCAAUGGGAUCCGUUGUCGACGCGAGACUAAGGGUGUUCGGAGUGAAGAGGUUGAGAGUAGUAGAUGGUAGCGUAAUGCCUGCUAUAACCAGUGGCAACAUUAAUGCUCCCAUUAUUAUGAUGAGUGAAAAAGCUGCUGAUUUCAUAAAAUCAGAAAACAUGUUUUCUAACUAAAUUUGUAUCGUAAACGGAUUUUAAAAGUAAUAAAAACUAUGAAAUAUUG